GCAGUGCAAACUUGAAUUUAGUCAUUGAGGCUAGGCUGUGCUGCGGGGUUUAUAUUACACACGUCACUCCGGAUCCGACUCCACCUCUUGACCAGAACAUGUCUUCCGGAACUACUGCACAAGACCCUACAUGGAGAUCGAGGGAACAAGGUGAAGAAGCACAAUACAUUCGCGAGAAGGCGAGGCUUCCCAAGGGGCUACUCAUCAAUCAUGGCAAGCAUUACUUACUGGCUUUCUAUACACAGGAGCAAGCUCAGCUCGCUGCUCUCCAUGAGGAGCAGGAAAAGCGCUCCACUACAUCUAAUAACAAUACCACAAAGGAUGCUGCAUCAUCCACCAAGGACCGUGAUUUUGAAGGUGGCUUUGGUGGCCAAGAAGAUUUGGAAGAUCGGUACGCAACAACUAGCGGAGAGCACUAGCUUGGGCCUAGCAUUACAGGUAUUGUUGAACAAGCAUAAUUAAGCGUAUCAGAAGUACGAGCAACACGAGACACGAUAGGUGAAAGAAAAUGAUAGCUAGGAUGUUAUAUAAACGGAUGUCGGUGUAUGUCCUAUGUAUGCCCGCGGAAUAUGUAAUGGGUCCGUCAGACGUGUAGGUAGGAUUGAAAGAUAGUAAUACUGUCAAAAGGAAAGAUACGAUAUAAGUAAUUGAAGUUCAGUUUGAAUAUAACACAAGGGGGUUGGUUAUUCAGUAAGUCAACUGAUGAAAUCCAUCGUUUUACCGUCCUCCAGAUCAAGUAGCCCAGGAAAAUCCAAUAUUAGUAGUCCAGUCAAAUUCACAAGAAGAAAAGUUGUCCCAUCCCAAAAUUAACGAGCAGCGUUAUGAUUGAUGACGAGCGAUGGGGGUGAUGAGUGGAGCAGGAACCGCUCGAGCGGCAGCUCCACUGCUACAAAGGGGUGAAGGUGGUGC